AAAUGAUUAUUUCUACGUCACCACUAUCGAAGGCUGUAACGACGGUAAUAAGACGGAGCUAACUCCAACUCGCGCGGUCUGUGGCCCGAACGAUCGAUAUUUUAAAGAGUCGUUGAGUUUCAGCCCUGUGACCUCCAUCAUCACAACGUACAGCCAAAUAGUUUCCAACAUACAGAGCCUAUUCCAAAAUUCUAAUUUCAUUUGAUUCUGAAAUUCAUAUAUUUUGCCUUUCAGUUUAAUUUUUUUAAAGUUUUGCCCUUAGAGCCUUAUAAAAUUUUAAGAGUUGUUGAAACCCUACCAGGGGUUUUGGAUUUUGAGUUUUAGCGGCCGAUUCCAUGGCUGCCGCAGAGGAAUAUUCUGAUCGGGAUGCUGUCUUCAGAAAGCUCAAGGCCAAGUCUGAAAAUAAGAUUUGUUUUGAUUGCAAUGCUAAAAAUCCAAGUUGGGCUUCAGUUACUUAUGGAGUGUUUAUUUGCCUUGAUUGUUCGUCAAUGCAUCGGAAUCUUGGUGUUCAUAUCAGUUUUGUCAGGUCUACAAAUCUGGAUUCAUGGACCGCUGAGCAAUUAAAACUGAUGAGUUUUGGUGGUAAUGGCCGUGCACGUAUCUUCUUUAAGCAACAGGGUUGGACAGAUAGUGGCGGGAAGAUAGAAUCCAAGUAUACGUCAAGAGCAGCUGACCUAUACAGGAAGCUUCUUCUGAAAGAAGUAGCUAAAAGUGUGACUAGUUCUAUUUCUGCAUCACCUCCCUUGCCUGAUUCUCCAACUACAUUGGAUUCUCCCGUAAAGGACUUUACAGAAUAUAAAGACACAAGUAUAACUGUAGAAGAUAAAUUUCUGGAGCAACCAAAGGCACCACUGUCAGGACCUUCACGACCAGCUCCUACCAGUGCUGCAAAAAAGACAUCAGUUUUUGGAGCAAAGAAGAUGAGUGGAGGGAAGUCAGGAGGUGGUUUAGGAGUAAAGAAGCUAACUGCUAAGCCAAAUGAGAAUCUCUAUGAUCAAAAGCCAUCUGAAGUUCCCAUUGUAACACCAGUUGCAACAAGUUCAGUAACAGAGUCAGCACCUCCUCGAACAUCACGUUUUUCUUAUGCAGAGGAGCAAUCUAUGACUAAUUAUGAUGGCCAGUCUUCUUCAAGUCAUGUUCCAGCACCAUCCACCAGUAUGGACUUGUUCUCUGAAUAUGGCCUAUCAGGGAACCGUAAGUCUGGAGGUUCCAGCCGCCCUAGACCACAGGUUGAAGAAACCGGUGAGGCACAACGGAAGUUUGCAGGUGCAAAAUCCAUAUCCUCUUCUCAGUUCUUUGAUGAGGAUAAGAAGAUUGUUGAUGCUGAUGGUCAAAUGCGUCUGCAGAAAUUUGCGGGAUCUACUUCAAUAUCAAGUGCACAAUUCUUUGAUCGGGAUGAAGCGGGUGCCAAUGCUUCAAAUCUUGACAUUACUGCUAGUGAGCUUUUAUCAAAACUGGCCAUACAGGCUUCACAAGAUGUAUCAUCGCUGAAAUCAAUUGCUGGUGAAACUGGAAGAAAACUAUCAUCAGUUGCAUCAAGCCUGAUUGCAGACUUGCAGGACCGCAUUAGAUAAGUUGUAGUGUUCAAAGUACAGCCUUCAUUAUUCUCUUUGGCUUUGUAUUUCGGUAGUCUGGCUGCCUAAAAGAGAUUGACAUAUAUGUUAUGCCAUUUUGGAUUAAACAUACUUUUAUUUUAUUUUUCAAAGUUGGAUCUGAAGGCGACCCAAUUUUUUUCUUUUCAAAGGUGUUCUAAUAUUAACCUAGUGCAGUUUUCUGCAUUAGAUUACAGAGAUCCCUUACAGAUUUGCUGCCCUAUAGAGAAAAUGAAGCUAAUUGUUUCGUGGUUUCCUAUCUUUCAAUUGUCGAAUAAACAAAGACACAUUGCAUUAAGAGAAUUAAUGCUUAAAAUAACGAUCUGGUAAAACUUUUGAGUAGGGAUAUUAGUAGAUUCAAUGAUUUACUGAAAAUUUGAUUUAAAUCUGUAGUUGUAUAUUUAAUGCGUACAAACAAUUAUGUAUCGGUUCUGAAUGGUAUGGAUAUUUUUGCAUGUAUUGUAAGAUUUUGCUUAUUUUAUGAAAUAUGAACUCAUUUAACAUGA